AUGGCUGCUCGCAGUGCCGCUCUCAAAAUCGACUGGACCAAGGUCACCAGCUCCCUCGGUCUCCGCGGUCAAACAGCCACCGCCCUCCAGGCCUUCAAGAAGCGUAACGACGAUGCGCGCCGCAAGGUCCAGCUCCUUUCCGAGCAGCCCCAGAACAUCGACUUCGCCCACUACCGCAACGUCCUGAAGAACCAGGCCGUCGUCGACGAGAUCGAGAACCACUUCAAAACCUUCAAGCCCGCCACCUACGACGUCAGCCGCCAGAUCAAGGCCAUUGACGCCUUUGAGGCCCAGGCUGUUCAGAACGCCGAGCAGACCAAGGGUAAGGUUGAGGCUGAGAUUGUCGAGUUGAAGAAGACUCUUGAGAACAUUGAGACUGCUCGGCCGUUUGAGGAUCUCACUGUGGACGAGGUUGCUGCUGCCCAGCCUGAGAUUGACGAGAAGACCUCUUCCCUGGUCUCCAAGGGCAAGUGGAUGCCGCCGGGCUACAAGGAGCGCUUCGGCGACCUUGCUGCCGUUUAA